AUGUCUGCAGCUCAGGGUGAUAUUAUGGUUGGCAACGUAAAAAGUCUUGUUGAUCGAUUGUCGAAAGACUUUUCAUCUGCCCGGCCGCCCCUGUCAAUCCAUGAACCUCGAAAAACCAUGCCGAAGUCGAGCCCUAUACAACAUGUGAUCACGACAUUUGCUUACACAGCUGCACAGGAUGAUGAAUUGACUCUUGAAUUAGGCGACGUUAUCGAGGUUUUGGAAGAGGUAGAGGAUGGUUGGAGCCGUGGGCGGCAAUUGAGAACUGGACUUGUUGGGAUGUUUCCCACUAAUUUCGUAAAGCCAGAUGUUGCUCCAUCCACUACAACAAAUCGAGAAGAAGACAAGGGAGUAGUGAUUAGGCAUGCCGGUGAUUUACCUGACUUGCCGGAAGCCAAUCGGCGAACUCCAUCUGUUGUCGGUGGAAAUAGUUUCCUAAAUAAGGCUUUGCAUGCUGAAGCAAAGGAGGAACCGAAAACUAAAGGUAAUUCAUUUUUAAGCAAUUUAUACAAUCAGUUACAAAUUUGCGACUAUCGCGUCAUGCAAAUUCGUACAAAAAUUUUUUGUCAUCAUUUAUAUUGCGUCAGUCCGAUAGCUCUGUCGUUUUAUUUCCACAAAAAGGUAACUUUGCGCAAACUCAACGGAUUUGCUUGCCUUCAGUUUUACCAGAAAGUAUAAUC